CAGUGACAGCUGCUGCUGCUGCUGCUGCUGCUGCUGCUCAACACACGUCUGCUGUUCCACUGUGUCUGCUGACUUUACAUCUGCUUCACAGUUAUUGCGGUUAAAAAUGAGUGAGUUGGGUUUGAGUGAGGAACACCGGGUAUGUAUGUCUGGGUACCUUCGCUUCACCAGGUACCAGAGAGCUCAUCACCUUCGCUCAGUGGACGCUUGUUUCCAAGACGUUAAAGAUACCAGGCUGGUGGAGGAGACGUACACGGCAGAGGAAGUGAUGGAGAUGCUGGAGGCUCUGGAGGAUGUGGUGAGGGCGGAGGUAGAGACAGAACUCAUCCAUGCCUCCCACACCACCUCCCUCCUCCUGGCUAAACUCUUCACGCAGGCUCAGAAGUGGCACCUCACUCUCACCGUCGACACGUCAGACCUGGAAAACCAAGAACUUCUGGAUGAAAUCAAGAAGUUUGAGGAGCAGGAUGUGCAGCCUCGCCCCAGCAUGGAGCUUCCCUCGCCCAAGAGGAGGGUGCUGGCACCUCUUACAGAUGUUGACGGACCUAUGGGUCUCCUUCAGGCAGAAAUGCACAGACUUUCUAGCCAUAAUGAAGAACUUAAGGUCAAGCUGGAGCAAGCCGAGGCCAAAGCGAGGGAUCUUGAGAAGGGAAAGACUGAGAUGAGUGUGAACCUACAAGCAGCUCGCGACGAAGUCAACACUCUCAAGAACUGCAUGGCCACCAGGCCCACUAAUGACGAUGUUACUGAGCUGGUGGACGAGGUGGAGAAGAUGCGACUGCAGCUGGCGAUGCAGCAGACUGACACCACUAUGGACCAGCUAUCUUCUGACCUGACCGUCUCCAGGCAAACCCUCCUACAAGUCAAGGCUCAACUCCAGCUGGCAGAGAAGGAACUGGAGAAGAAGUUUUCGCAGACCGGCGCCUACCAGAACAUGAAGAAAAUGUUGAACAGGAAGAACGAUCAGAUCAGGUCAAUGCGGAAGAAACUGGACAUUUAUGAACCGAAUACUGAUGACGUUAUUGAUGAGUGAAGAAAUGAAGUUACUGUGCCGUUAAUGACUGAGGAAGUCAACAGUGCCUGCAGUGACUGAUGAAGUCAACUCUGUCUGUAAUGACUGGGGAAGUACUGUACCUGUUAUGACUGAGGAAGUCGACUGACUGUGCUUGCAUGUUCUAGAAUAAGGAAAUACAUAUAUCAUUGCUUAUUAAAGAAGCAGCCAUUACUUGAACAAUGUCAGUAAAUUUCGCAUGAAGUUUAUAAAUUUUCGAAACGUUUCGCCUGCGCAGCAAGCUUCUUCAGUCGAAUACAAAGGUGACUAAUGAUCUGGAGACAUGUCAGAAAGAGAAAGUGAAGUGUUCAGUUACUCAACCUUAAAAGAGGUUGUUCACUUCCAUGGUGAAGCAGUAACACCAAGUAUGUAAUGGUAGUUCAGAAGUGAAAUGCGAGGAAGAUGACUGGGAGAGACUAGCCUCAAACUCUCUCGUCUUCAACUGUAUCUUCAGUAUAUCAGUCACCUUUGUAUUUGACUGAAUAAACCUGCUGCAAAGGCGAAACGUUUCAAAAACAUAGAGACCAAGGUGAUACACAUGUUUCUCAUUUACUUGUCGGUACUGCAUGCCAUUAAUAUAAUAGCUAAUUACAGUGACAUAUUGCAAGACCAUAAUGAGCGAUGUAUUACUAUAGUAGGUUUACCGGCCAGACCAAGGUCAGGUGCUACAUGCUAGAGGAAGGAGUCGUAGGUGUUGGCUGUGUAAGUCUGGGCAGAAUGAACCUGGCGAGAAAUGAAAUCAUAUUUUCUUUACCAGUACCAUCUACCAUCAGAAAAUUCUGGCAGUCUUAUGCUUUAAGAUAUUCUCGCCAGGUUUAUCCUAGUCGGCGAGGUCCUCAAGGGCGUGAUAACUGCUUAGUUAGAUUAAUAUAUGCUUUAUGUACCCCAUACCCAUGCUUUGGGCAGUAAUCAAAAGAUUACAGAGUCACAUGAUGUGUCCAGAGACUGGACUCCAAGUUAUGGAUGCUAAACAAGUUACAGAGUUAAUGAACUAUUUACAACUUUAUGAUUUUGAUACAUUUGUAAUGAACUUGUGAAAAAUUAUUUUUAUUAUUAUUAUUAUCAUUGUUAUUAUUAUUAUAUUAUGUGAGCAAAUUACCUGCAGGAGGUUUACAGGGCAUCACCUGAAUUAUUACCUGCAAGUAAUUUGGGUGAGGUAAAUGGGACUUUAGUCACAGUAGGUCGCUGAACUGCUGCUCCUUCGACUGCCCACUUCUUCACCACUCUCACAAAAAACUAGACCUGACAUUAAAUUAAUAAUUAUAAUAUUAAAACCAGUUACUCUGGUAAUUAAAGUUAUAGGAACUGUAUAAGAUUAACUUUGCUGGGUACAUAAAUAUUUUGGCAUUAACACUUACCAUUUAAUUACUGUUGACAGAUCACACCACAACACCUGCCUAACACCUAGACCCUACACUGGCCAGCUAGUGAUCUAAAUGCAAGAACUAUGGUGCACUUCCCUGUGAGUGAUGUUGCAUCCUUUAUUUUUCGCCAUCCACAUGUAAUUCUUGAGGUCCUUCAAAUUUCCUGUCCCAGUUCAUCAGCAGCCGACAUUAACACGGGUUCUUAAUUACAAACUCAGGCUGAAACAGUGCAAUUUGGCCUCUAAGAACGCCUAAUUACAAUGCAUAACCACGUCCAGUGUUCACCCAUUAUAUUCAAUAUGGCGUCUCCCGUCUGCAUCACUCUCCGGCUCUUCCACACCACCCUUCACUUAAAUUUCUCGAAGGGUCAAAUCAGCAUCAUAUUUUAUUACACAAUUAUUGUAUUAUUAAAAUUUACCGAUGAUGAAUUUAGGAAAAUCGAAAAUUUUCCACACUGCGACCGGGGGAUGGUCGUUGAUAAACGACUUAAUUAAAAUUGUUUUGUAUUCCACCUUACUUUACAAUUUUUACACACAUUUUUAAAUAAAAUUAUCAGAGAAUGGGCGUUGGUAUAAAGAUAGGAUAUAUUACGUAUUCACAUACAUGACCUCCUGCUGUUUUUAGAAGAUUAACACCACAUUUCCUUUCCAAACCCUUUGCAAAUGCAGCAUAAUAAUCACUCCCUAUUAGAAGAUCUAUUGGCCCCACUGAGUCAUUAUUUACACAAGAGGCUGCCAGUUCUACACUAUUUUGUGAAAGCUUCUCAGUAGCUUCACUAAACCCUAUUGUAGAGAUUUUCUGUGGGAGUCUAUCAACUGUAACUACAUUGAUACGUUUUCCCUCAUUGUCCAAGCUGACAUUUACAUACACAGUGUCGUACAACUGGGCCCUUUUAUCUGACAGAAAACCAGAUAAUUUUAAAUUUGUUGGAUCCCCCACUUUCAAUUUUAUAUCAUUAAGGCAACUAUGUUUUAGUAAAGUGCAUUGAGAUCCCUGGUCCGAUAAUGCAGUUACAUUCUUUGAUUUAUGCCUUAUAUCCCGAAUUUUUACAUUCACCACAGAUAAGGCCACUUUAGCUAUGUCAUCAUCAUUAACAUGAGCUGCAAUUUUUACAUUAGUAACUGUUAUGUCAGUGUUAACAUCAUUAUC